AUGGCGCGCGCGGUCGUGGGCGCGGAUGCGUCGAGAGACGCGUCGACGACGACGAACGAGGGGGGGUACCCGUUCGGCGCGAUCGAGGGCAAGUGGCAAAAGUUUUGGAGCGACGAUAAGACGUUCAAGACGCCGAGGGAGAUCGACGCGAGUAAACCGAAGUUUUACGCGCUUGAUAUGUUUCCGUAUCCGUCGGGGGCUGGAUUGCACGUGGGGCAUCCGGAGGGGUACACGGCGACGGAUAUCGUCGCGCGGUACAAGCGGAUGACGGGACACAACGUGUUGCACCCGAUGGGUUGGGACGCGUUCGGAUUGCCCGCGGAGCAGUACGCGAUCGAAACCGGGACGCACCCGAGUCAGACCACGGUGAAGAACGUCGGGCGGUUCAGGGAGCAGCUUCAGAGCCUCGGGUUCUCGUACGAUUGGGAUCGCGAGGUGGCGACGUGCGACGCCAAGUAUUACAAGUGGACGCAGUGGAUCUUCUUGCGUUUGUUGGAGAAGAACUUGGCGUAUCAGGCUGAGGUGCCGGUCAACUGGUGCCCAGCGCUCGGUACUGUGCUCGCGAACGAGGAGGUGAUCGACGGAUUGAGCGAGCGCGGGAACCACCCGGUGAUUCGUAAGCCGAUGAAGCAGUGGAUGCUCAAAAUCACCGAGUACGCCGACCGCUUGUUGGAGGACUUGGACGAGCUCGAUUGGCCGGAUUCGAUCAAGGAGAUGCAACGCAACUGGAUCGGUAAGUCGGAGGGUGCGCAGCUCGGUUUCUCCGUGGAUGGUAUGGCAGACGCUAAAUUGGAGGUGUACACGACGCGACCAGACACGCUCUUCGGCGCAACCUACCUCGUCGUCGCGCCCGAGCAUCCGAUGAUCGACGCGUUGGCCACGGAAUCGCAGAAGGACGAAGUCGUCGCGUACUGCGAAACAGCUUCGCGAAAGAGCGACCUGGAGCGCACGGAGUUGAGCAAAGUAAAGACGGGCGUAUUCACCGGCUCGUACGCCACGCAUCCGCUCACCGGCGACAAGGUUCCGAUUUGGGUGGCCGAUUACGUGCUCGGCUCGUACGGUACGGGAUCUAUCAUGGCCGUUCCGGCGCACGAUGAGCGCGAUUAUGAUUUCGCCAAGGCGUUCGAUUUGCCCAUCACCGAGGUCGUGAGCAAACCCGACGGCGUCGAAGGCGUGCACUCGGGCGGCGGGAAGAUGAUGAACAGCGCGUGCUCGGCGAUCGACGUCAACGGCAUGGACAACGUCGAGGCUGGGGUGAAGAUCACCGCUUACCUCGACAAGAACGGCAUUGGUCGAAAGCAAACCAACUAUAAGCUCAGAGAUUGGCUCUUUGCCCGUCAGCGCUACUGGGGCGAACCCUUCCCGGUGGUUUUCCCCGAGGACGAGCCGAACCUCGCCGUGCCUGUGCCGGAGUCUGAACUUCCGCUGAUCCUCCCAGAGACGGAUAACUUCAAGCCGAGUGGCUCCGGCGAAGGCCCGCUCGCGAACUGCGAGGAUUGGGUUAAGACGGUCGAUCCGCGCACGGGCAAACCUGCUCGGCGCGAGACGAACACGAUGCCCCAGUGGGCGGGCUCGUGCUGGUACUAUCUUCGAUUCAUCGAUCCGACCAACGAGGACGCCCUCAUCGACGGCUCGCUCGAAAAGUACUGGCUGCCGGUCGAUUUGUACGUUGGUGGCGCCGAACACGCCGUGCUGCACUUGCUCUACGCGCGUUUCUGGCACAAGGUCCUGUACGACAUUGGCGUCGUCAGCACCAAGGAGCCGUUUCAGCGCCUGGUUUCACAAGGGAUGAUUCUGGGUGAGGUUGAGUAUUCCGCACACGUCGACGAGAACGGGCAGUUCGUCGAGGGCAACAAGACUAGCGGCAUGUCCACCAUCAAGGUCGCCUCCGGAGACGUCACGAAGAAGGGCGAUGGCUUCGUGCUCACGGCGAACCCGAAGGUUAAGGUUUCCGCCCGCGCGCACAAGAUGAGCAAGUCGCGCGGGAACGUCGUCAACCCGGAUGAUAUCGUCAGUGCGUACGGCGCUGACUCUCUUCGUCUGUAUGAAAUGUUUAUGGGUCCAUUGCGCGAGACCAAGGUGUGGCAAACUAAGGGCGUCGAGGGUUGCUUCCGAUUCUUAGCUCGCACGCAUCGCCUGAUGGACAAGAUGACGGAUGAUAAGCCCGACGAGGAGGGCCUCAAGGCGCUCAACAAGUGCAUCGCCAAGGUGACUGAGGAGACGGAGCAGAUGCGCUUCAACACCGCCAUUUCGGCGAUGAUGGAGCUCACUAACGCGUGCACGAAGAUGGACAAGGUGUCGAGAGACAUUUUAGAACCCUUCUCCUUGCUGUUGUCCCCGUACGCCCCGCACUUGAGCGAGGAGAUGUGGGAGCGCCUCGGCCACAGCGGUUCGAACUCGAAGACCUCCUGGCCGGUCGCCGACGACAGCUUCCUCGUCGAGGACACGGUGGACAUCGGCGUGCAGGUGAACGGUAAGAUGCGAGGAACUAUUCAGGUUAGCUUAGAGACGUCUCAAGACGACGCGAUGGCCUUGGCGACGGCGAUGGAAUCGGUGCAGAAAUUCCUCGGCCCCGACAUCAAGAAGAUCAUAUACGUCCCUGGCAAGAUUUUGAACAUCGUCGCUCCGCAGCCGAAGAAGUAA